AUGGCGGCGGCAGCAGCGUCGAGCAGCUCCGGACAGAAAGUGUCUGUUAAAAGCGAGCUGGACCCGGACCGGAGCAGCCAGGAGGUCAGCACCGGGAAACGGAGAGGAGGAGAUGGACUCAAACCUCACCGCUGUCAGCACUGUGACAAAUCCUUCACAACAUCUGGAAAUUUAAAGAUUCAUCAGAGAGUUCACGCUGGAGAGAAACCGUACUGGUGUGACCAGUGUGGGAAAUCUUUCAAUAGAGCAGGUGACCUAAGAAAGCACCAACGUGUUCACACUGGAGAGAAACCGUACAGCUGUGACCAGUGUGGGAAAACUUUCUCUCAGUCAAGUAACCUACAAAUUCACAGACGUGGUCACACUGGAGAGAGACCGAACUGGUGUGAACAGUGUGGAAAAGCUUUCACUUCAUUGGGUAACCUACAUAAUCACAGACGCAUUCACACCGGGGAGAAGCCAUACUGGUGUGAAGAAUGUGGGAAAACCUUUGCUCAUGUUAGUAACCUUAAAGGACACCUACGUUUUCACACUGGUGUGAAACCUCACGGGUGUGAACAGUGUGGGAAAACCUUUACUACCCCAAGUGAUCUCACAGUGCACAGACGUGUUCACACGGGAGAGAAACCGUUCUGGUGUGAACUGUGUGGGAAAACUUUCACUCAGUCGGGUAACCUACAAGUUCAUCGACGUGUUCACACUGGAGAUAAACCUUACUGGUGUGAACACUGUGGGAAAACUUUCACUCGGAGUGAAUAUCUUAAAGCCCACCAGCGCAGUCACACUGCUUCGUUAGCUCCGAGACCAGAAUCCAGACUCGGUCCAGGACAACACGGUCCACCAGUCACAGCGGAGACCUGCAGGACGAUGGAGAACCAGAACCCGGACCGCAGGAGCCAAACAGCAGCCUCGUGCUCUGAUAGCGCCGAUGUUCAGAGAAAGAGAGGAGGAGAUGGAUUCAAACGUCAUCGCUGUCAGCACUGUGACAAAUCCUUCACAACAUCUGGAUAUUUGAAGAUUCAUCAGAGAGUUCACACUGGAGAGAAACCGUACUGGUGUGACCAAUGUGGGAAAACUUGUAUUACAUCAAGUGCCCUAAAAAUCCACCAACGUGUUCACACUGGAGAGAAACCGUACUGGUGUGAACAGUGUGGAAAAGCUUUCACUAAUUCAGUUCACCUAGAAAUCCACCAACGGGUUCACACUGGAGAGAAACCUCACUGCUGUGACCAGUGUGGAAAAACAUUCACUCAGUCAGCUCACCUAAAAAUUCACCUACGUGUUCACACUGGAGAGAAACCUCAUUGGUGUGAACAGUGUGGAAAAACUUUUGCGCAAUCAAGUAACCUUGAACAGCACCAACGUAUUCACACUGGAGAGAAACCUCACUGGUGUGAACAGUGUGGAAAAACUUUUGCUCAUUCAGCUCACCUAAAAGUUCACCAACGUAUUCACACUGGAGAGAAACCGUACUGGUGUGAACUGUGUGGAAAAACUUUUGCGCAUUCAGCUCUCCUAAAAUCCCACAAACGUGUUCACACUGGAGAGAAACCGUACGGGUGUGACCAGUGUGGGAAAACCUUCACUCGAUCAGAUAACCUAAAGCAGCACCAACGUGUUCACACUGGAGAGAAACCUCACUGGUGUGAACAGUGUGGAAAAACUUUUGCUCAUUCAGCUCAACUAAAAAUGCACAAACGUGUUCACACUGGAGAGAAACCGUACAGGUGUGAGCAGUGUGGGAAAACCUUCACUCGACCAGGUCAACUAAAAAUUCAUCAACAUGUUCACACUGGAAAGAAACCGUAUGGGUGUGAACAGUGUGGGAAAUCUUAUACCAGCAGAAGAAACCUUAGAGAACACAAAUGCACUCACAAAACAUGAGUGUGACAGUCUUUCCAGAGCCGAGCUAGCUGUUUCUCCUGCCCUGAAUACACCCACCUGUUAUCAUGUGACUGUGCUGGAUUAACGCCAUGUGUUGACAGCUGAGAAAGAUUAUUUGGAAAGAGCUGGAAAGCGUCAGUCCGGAGGUUGUAUCAGCCAAUAGCAAGUGCUUUUCAAGCGGCCUUUUAUUGUGGCCAGUAUAAGGCACACCUGUGCACUCCCCAUGCUGUCUGAUCAGCAUCUUGAUAUGCGACACCUGUGAGGUGGAUGGAUUAUCUCGGCAAAGGAGAAGUGCUCACUAACACAGAUUUGUGAACAAUAUUUCAGAGAAAUAGGCCUGUGUUUUUGCCUCCGUUCAUCAUAAGCUGAACUCAGUGUUGCAUUUAUAAUAUUGUUCAGUGUAAAUAUAUUGUCGCCGACCCAGUCCUGUUCUGCCUCCUUCCUGAGAAAAUGUCGAAUAAUCCACCUGAUUGUGACAAUGACAACAUUAAUGAUUUCGACCAAACUGCUUAAAUUAAAUAUGUUUUUAUCCCCAGCUUUCUCACUAUUCAAGAAUGUCUCUGUUCUACAAAACAGCUAAAGCUCAUUUCUUCUGUCUACUAAUGAUAUGUCUGCUUAAACAGUAAGAUGAGAGCAUUCAUUGAUGAACUGACAGUUUGUUAUAAACUUAAUGUGACCAUGGCCAAAAGUGGAGCUGUAACAGAAACAAAUAGAUUUUACCUGUAUGUACUUUUAAUAAUCCUCUAUAUGUCAUUACCUUAUGUUCUUUGCUCUGAAAACAUUUCUUCCCUCGAUGGUUUGGCAGCAGGAGCACAUUUAGCUCAGAUCUGGGGCCAGUCGCAAGUCCAACAACAUGAUUAAAUUAUAAAAGGAAAGGCUGCCAAACGCUGAGAAUGUAAAA